AUGUACCGACAUGAUACAGGUCCCCAUCGAUGGAAAUGCGAACGACCCCUCAGAAUCAGCUGCCAGGAUCCACCGGCACUAACCUUGCACCAGCAUCGGAAAGGUCAUAAGAAUCCUGCAGAACCACGCUUCCGCCGUGCCAGUGGGUCAGGCGCGCAAGGUGACCUUCAGCUCCGGCUACAUGGGCGAUGGAUGGAACUGUCGACCCAGGCUGGGGCAGAGGUAGCGGUGAAGGAUAGAACGGCUUCACUCAAGCUCCGAAAAACUUUUUCAGAGAACAACACCAGAGAUGACUUGAACGCCUUGCUGCGAAAGGGCCGAAGCAUUCAGGUGUUCCACCCACAAGGUUUGUUAAAGCUUUGCUGGGACAUUGUGGGGCUGUGUUUGCUGCUGAACGACGCCAUAACUAUUCCACCAAGCCUCGCAUGGGAUGUUACGAUGUCGUCACCCACACUUGGCGGCACGUAUGUGACCAUCAGCUUCUGGAUCAGCCUGGUGUUUUGGAGCGUGGAUCUCCCGGUCAAUCUCAACACGGCCGUCUAUAUAAAGGGUACCUUACAAUCAGGUCGCCGCAAGAUUUUGUGGUUCUACUUGACAAGUUGGAUGCUUUUCGACCUUGUGCUGAUCGGAUUUGACUACAGCUUCGUUUCCUUCAACUUGGGCGAUACCAACCUUGCGGUGCUUCGCUCUGGACGCAUUCUGAGAGUUCUGCGCCUAAUUCGGCUCAUCAAACUGUCCAAGUUAAAUACCAUGAUCGAAGAAAGUGCCGCUGCUGCGGGACGACAGUGGGUGACAAUGGUGGUUGCUAUUACCAAAACUGGAGUUGGCAUGAUUUUGGUUGCACACUGGUUGACGUGCUUCUGGUAUUGGACUGGUGUCUUCCUGGUGCCGGCUUCCACUCCGAAUUGGAUUCAAGAAAAUCGAGCCGAAGACGUGGCAGGAUGGAUCCAAUACUUGCAUUCGCUCCGUUGGAUUUUGAAUGCGCCGUCACCUCCGGAGAUUCAUCCAGCUAGUGGCGAAGAGCGAGCUGUGGACAUUGGCAUCAGCGUGGUGACGCUGGUGGUCAUUGGUUCUGCAAUCAGCAAAAUCUCGGGCACCAUGGCAGAGCUGCGGGCGAUGAAUGAGGAGACCUCACGUCGAAGGCGCGAGGUCAGGUUGUACUUGGCCAGCCAGGCAGUUUCGUAUGAACUUGUCACGCGCAUCAUGCGAUUUGUGGACUACAAGCUGGAAAAGGUUUCUGCGAACAAUAUGGAUACGUCGCUCAUCUCUCCUACUCUCCAACUGGAGUUAUAUGUGAACCAACGCGCGGACUACUUGAUUCAGAUGCCUAUAUUUGCGUUGGCCCAAGAAUGCUACCCGGAGAUUUUCGGAUCAAUCUGCGCAGCGUUCACCAAGAAUUUCUAUGAGAAAGGCGAACCUGUGUUCACAGCAGGAUCUUAUGCCACAGCCUUGCAUUUGACCUAUGUGGGCAAGUAUGAGUACGCUCAGGAAGACCAAGCGCCAGUGAUGUUGGAAGGCAUUCGGUGGUUUGGUGAGCUCAGUCUCUACGUUGAUCCGGUGUGGCACAGUUCAACACUGACACCCACCAGCUUUGCUGAGACCUUUUGCCUGCGCGGGGAGGAUUUGGUCGCAUGCAUCCAAGUCAAUAGGGGUUGCACCGGUAUGUUUUGCGAGUAUGCAAAGGACUUUCUCGCGGGAAUGCAGAAGACAAAGAGUAAGUUCGGAGACGACGAUCAAAAGAAGCAGAGUGAGGUUUGCUGCAAGCAGAACCAGCACUUCCAGGCGGCUUACCCUGAUCCAACGACCUUGUUCCCAAACAUCGUGGUUUGUGGCGAGCGUUUUAGCGGGGAAAUGGUGGAGGAUGGGGAUGCCGACCCAAGCUCCAAAGGGCGUCCGAGCAGCAAGUCGAAUCAAUCGCAACGUACUGUUCUCUCUCGGCUUUCCGCGUUCGCACGAAUACAGAGAGAAGCAGCAGUCGAGACCUUGGAGGAUCAAGGUCUUGGAGAGUUUGUUCAAAGGUGGAUGAACACCGAUCAGGAGGACGUGAACUUUGACCUCCCUGGUGAGCUUCCUGGAGUGAUACCCGAGCUUGACAAAACCUAUGGCGCACACGCGGUCUUUAGCCAGGCCCCAGAAAGAGACCGAGGUGAGUCAGCUUGCAUCAGCGUGCUGGCAUUGGUGAGGAACAGAUAUGACAUAUUCACCCAGCCACAAGCUGACAAUGUGAAGCUCUUGGAAUCGCAAUGGCUGGAACUGCAACAGAUUGUGUCCUGGAUAGAGCCUGAGCCUGAGGAAGUUCAUGCAGUUCUCGUGCUGCUCGCGAUCCGUGGCCUGGGGAAGUCCAAAGCAGUGAUACAACAGGUCUCUCAUGAUCAUCGGCGACCAGAGCGUGCAGUGAUUUACCUCAGUCAAUAUCACAAGAACGUAGUGCCAUCGACCCGCUGGUUGACGGAGAAGGGGACAGAGCUAUUUGAAGGAGCGUUGUUGACCCACGAGCUCUUCAAUUUGGCCCAGAUGCUGCAAGGAGAGAACUGCCCAGGCAAUGUCAAAGAGCUGCACUCUCACAUUGCAGAGAAAGGUGAUGCGCUCUUCCGGGUCUACAUUUUGUUCCUCUUGGGCUUCAUGAGUGGGCUGGCCGGUGGUCAGGGCUCACGCUUCAUGAACGCCAAGAAUGCUGAUGCCACCAUCGGUGGCGUCCGCGUGCUUCAAAAGUUGAUGAAUGUCAGUGAAACAGCUAUCUACUGGGGCUACCUCAACCUUCGGGCCGAGAAGUUGUGCUUGCCAUUCAACAGUCCCGAGGACCUAGUGCUAGUACGUUUGGCUUGCUUGGGACGCGUGCAGGAUCAGAAGGGCUAUGAAUCGCUGCGGCUGGCUUGGCUGGCCUUGGGGGAGAGAGAACGAUCGUCCUUGACGGAUCAUUUUCUUGCCGACGGCAUCAAGGAGCAAGCCUUCAACUUGGAGUUUUUGCCAAAUUGCGUGGCAAAUGCAAAGGCCAACCCCUUGAUCGGCUUGACCUGCCUUCUUGAUGUUCUGACAGACCUCCUGGCAUGCCUGCGCACCAAGGCGCUGAUCCCUUCUUUGUGGGUCCAGUUGGUGCCCGUGGAUCUGUCCGACAUGGGCGAGUUCAUCUCAGCCGUGCGGAACCGCUUCGUCUUCGUGACAUGCAUCUCGCGGUGUCAGCUGAAGUUUCGCCAGGGGAGAUGCCGCAUAGAAAUGACCGGCGGCAACUGGGGACGAGCAACUGAUCCCGAUUCAGACCUCACCAGCAUUGCAUAUACACUGCAGGAUCUUGUGAUCAAGCAGCAGAGAAUGGAGGAAUCUUGUCCAUGA